AUGGAUAGCCUGGACGAUGUGGCCCAGGCGGUUCGCGCCUGCACCGAUUGUCCGCUUCAUCGCGGGCGAACAAACGCGGUGCCGGGAGAGGGCAGCCCAUCCGCCGACCUGAUGUUCAUCGGCGAGGGACCGGGUUUUCACGAAGACCGCCAGGGACGUCCGUUCGUCGGGCCGGCGGGACAGCUCCUGGAGGGGUUGCUGGCAUCCAUAGGCACGAACCGCGAUGAAGUUUUCAUCGCCAAUAUGGUCAAGUGCCGGCCCCCAGACAACCGCGAUCCUCAGCCCCCGGAAAUCGCGGCAUGCGCCAAGUACCUUGAGCGGCAGAUCGAGCUGGUAAACCCCAAAUUGAUCGUAACCCUGGGGCGAUUCUCGUUGGGGCGAUUCUUCCCUGGGGAAAGCGUCACUCGCGCCCGCGGCAAGCUGCGUGAAAAAGACGGGCACCAGAUUUUCCCAGUGCUGCACCCCCGCUGCGGCGUUGAGGCGUCCAGAGUUGCGAUCAACUUUGGUGGAGGACUUUCGAGCAAUCGCAGCCGUCCUCGCCGCGCCCCCCCAACCGGAGCCGGGGGAAGACGCUGCGUCCACAGUGGACACGGAUACGCCAGUUGA